AGUGACCAGCUUCCAUUUUUCACCGUCGUAUUUCCCCCUUCAGGGAGCGUCUUAAUUGUAGAUGUUGAUUAUAGAUCAACUUUAAUAACCAAUACUUUUUUUUUCCUUUUUUUAUUUUGAUAUCCUUUUCUUUUUCUUAUUCGCAAGGCGUCCGUGCUUGUCUACCUGUUCUCUCUAUUAUUUGUUGUUCUCUCCCAUGGAAACCCUUAGAUGGGUUAGGCCCGAGCGCCUCUAUCCCAAGUCUCCACCCGAACAAUGGAAAACAUUGGCGCUAAUUAAUUUGGCUUGCCUUAGUGGCAUGUCAUCAGCCCCUACUUUUGAGGUCCCCCGUGGUAGGGGACAAUCUGAAUCUGAUAUCCACGACGCCAUGUUAUUGGUGGUCACACCUGUCGGAACUCACAUGUUGGUGUUCGAUUCUAGUCCGCGAUUCUCCCCCAAAGGACAAAUUCUGGGCGUUUAAGCCUCAUCCUGUAGUCAUCCUAGCGAAAAAAGGGGAAGAAAAAAAAAAAAAGCUGCCCACACAGCCACCUUGGCUGUUACAGGUUGACUGUAAGAAUGAAGAACAGGCUGCAGCUGAACAGGGAACCCAGCUCAUCGGCAACAAGUGGGAUGUGAUACGGCAUACUCCUCCCGCUUUAGCCCUUGUGAUAUUCUUGGAGGCCCUGGCGGACCUCAUGAAAAGUUAACGACUAAUUACACCACACUCUAGUCUAGCUCUCUCUCAUAGUGGCCUAUCUUACAAUGCACUGCCGCGUGCCCUGGUCGGCGCCACAACGCCUGGCCCAUAAUGAACAACCAAGUUGGAAGCACAGGCGAUGGCGGUUACGCCGUCGGCCACCUUAUGGAGUGCCUAUGGUGGACUAACGUUACAGGGAGUGGGUCGCAGGAAGAUGCGGUGCGUGAGAGGCCCGCGAGGACUGAUACCUAGAUUCGAAGGGGAGAGCCCCGAACUCCUUGGUAGUCUGGGCGACUGGAUUGUAAGUUCCCACCCACUCUCUGUCCAGGCUGAGUAACGAAAACUGCCUCUUCUGUACGCAUCUGC